AUCCCUCAUCCGACUAACACCAACUAACGUGCCGUGAGCUUCUGCCGGGCCGGCGAUCGCUGAUGCCCGAGAAAAAAGGCUGUCUGUGUCAAUCAAACCGAGCCCCCUCCCCUUCUUUCCCUUCUACCUCUCCCUCUCCCUCGUUCGCUCGAUCGCCUCCACUGGUAUAGGCGCUCUUAAACCAUAGCAUUUACGCACGGCAGUCAGUCGUUAACGUGCAGCCUGAUAUCGGUGGUCCUCCGUCCUACUCGCUGCCUAAUCUUCACCUUAAAGAUCAGGGAUUAAGGGACAAGUGGGCGAGAGAGAAGACAGCGGCGGAGACGAGAAUAACAGAAAGAGAAGAAUGUUAAGAGGGGGGAGGAGAGCAGAUCAUUCCGGCUGCCCGCAUCCGCUGCUCUAGUGGAGGGUAGAGAGAGAGGAGAUGGCACAACGCUUCAGCAUCCAAAACACACGGGAGUUGUGCGCCACCGAGACCGGAGCCCCGGACCCACCCGAAGCAGCAUCACACUCACCGCUCUCCCGUCACGCCCUUUCCCCGCGCGGCAGCGCCUCAGCCUCGGUAAGAGGUUGGAUAAGCCCUAAGGAUGCAAGUUGUUUUCAAUCAGCUCUGUAGUUACCAGCUGUGCCCUCACAUUCCCCAGGGUGGCACAACCUAGGCAUUAAUCAUCACUUGCUCCGUCUCUGCAUGUGAUUCCUCAAUGAGGAUUGGAAGGAGAGUGCCUCAACUGCGUUUCCUCAAUGAAGACCUUUGUUCCCCGACAUCCAGCACAGUUCCCUUCUCCACCUGCCAUGGUGACAUGACACACCCCUGUGUGGCUUUUGCUCCUUUCUCACACACAUAGACAAUCUCUUGGGUUCCUCAAACCCCCAGACUUGUGCACACACUCUUCUAGGCUCCAGCAAACUAAAAAAGACAUCUCCUCCUCCUAAGCACAACACCUCCCUGAUUCGCGAUGACGGUUGCCGUGCGAUUCCGUCGCCACUUACGUAGGCUCCUGCUCCUGCUGGCCUCCUGCUGUUUCCUCUCCCUCCUCCUCUCUGCUUACUUUCUGUUUACGAACUCCUCCCCUUCCAUGCAGCUUGGACAAUCCCCCGAACCUGCCUGCUCCCAGCCGCUCUCCAUGUCCCCGUACCAUCAACUUCCAUACCCGUACCCUCCUAACCCCCCUCACACAAAUGUCCACACUGACCCAGUAGUGCUGGUGCUUGUGGAAUCCCAAUACUCCCAGCUGGGUCAGGACAUUGUGGCUAUAUUGGAGUCAGCACACUUCCAGUUUCGCAUGGAGAUCGCCUCAGGGAAGGGCGACCUUCCGCCACUGACAGAGAAAGGACGCGGCCGAUAUUCACUCAUCGUUUAUGAGAAUUUAUUAAAGUAUGCACAUGCAGACACAUGGAACAGACAGCUGUUGCAUCAAUACUGUACGGAGUACAGAGUGGGCAUCAUAGGUUUCUACCGCUCCACUGAGAACUCCCCACCUCUCCUCAAACUCCGAGGCCUCCCGCUGGUGCUAAGAACCAACCAAGCACUUUGGGACUGCUGUGUGGUGUCUAGCUCACCUCUCCUUCACCUGACCAAGCCAGGCACUGAUCGAGGGGCUUUACCUGGGGAGGACUGGACCUCCUUCGCAUCCAAUCACUCCACCUACCAGGCUGUGCUGCAUGCACGGGCCAAGGAGGGAGCAGGGGCAGGUAGUGGCGAUAGUCCAGGGCCUGGCUUUAGUUUGAGCCUCCAGGCCACUGUGGUACAGGACAUGGGACUCUAUGAUGGGGUGAGGAGGGUACUAUUUGGCCAGGGACUGGGCUACUGGCUCCACAGACUCAUCCUGGUGGAUGCCAUCUCCUACCUCACGGACAGGAAGCUUACUUUGGGUUUGGACCGGCACAUACUGGUGGAUAUAGAUGACAUUUUCGUGGGGAAGGAAGGGACACGCAUGAAUGCCAAGGAUGUGAAGGCUCUCCUUGAUUCUCAGAAACAGCUGCGUUCUCAGAUCUCCAACUUUACCUUCAACCUGGGCUUCUCUGGGAAGUUCUACCACACAGGCACUGUGGAGGAGGAUGAGGGAGACGAUUUGCUAUUGAAGUAUGUGGAUGAGUUCUGGUGGUUCCCCCACAUGUGGAGCCACAUGCAGCCUCACCUCUUCCACAACGAGUCCUCACUGCUGGAGCAGAUGGUCCUCAACAAGGAGUUCGCUCUGGAGCACAGCAUCCCAGUGGACAUGGGUUAUGCCGUGGCCCCUCACCACUCAGGUGUCUACCCGGUUCACCUGCAGCUGUACAAGGCUUGGAGACGUGUGUGGAACAUCCAGGUCACCAGCACUGAAGAGUACCCCCACCUCAAACCUGCCCGCUACCGCAAGGGCUUCAUCCACAACAACAUCAUGGUGCUGCCUCGUCAGACGUGUGGCUUGUUUACUCACACCAUCUACUAUAAGGAAUACCCUGGUGGACCUAAAGAACUGGACAAAAGCAUCCGUGGGGGAGAGCUGUUUCUCACUGUGCUACUCAACCCAAUCAGUAUAUUCAUGACCCACCUGUCUAACUAUGGCAAUGAUCGACUGGGUCUUUACACAUUCGUCCACCUGGCCUCCUUUCUUCGCUCGUGGACAAACCUGAAACUCCACACACUUCCUCCCCUGCAGCUUGCACAUAAGUACUUCCAGCUUUUUCCCGAACAAAGAAACCCACUCUGGCAGAACCCAUGCGAUGACAAACGACAUAAAGACAUCUGGUCUAAAGAGAAAACCUGCGACAGGUUACCCAAAUUCAUGGUCAUAGGACCACAGAAAACAGGAACGACAGCACUUUAUCUCUUCCUACUCAUGCAUCCCUCCAUCUCCAGUAACUUCCCCAGUCCAAAGACUUAUGAGGAAGUCCAGUUCUUCAACACCAAUAACUACCACAAAGGAAUUGACUGGUACAUGGAGUUUUUCCCUGUGCCCUCUAAUGUUAGCACAGACUUCCUGUUUGAGAAGAGUGCUAACUACUUCCCCUCAGAGGAGUCUCCGCGACGAGCUGCUGCCCUGCUGCCCAAGGCCAAGAUCAUCACCCUGCUCAUCAACCCCUCAGACAGGGCCUACAGCUGGUAUCAGCAUCAAAGAGCUCAUGAGGACCAUGCAGCCCUGCGGUUCACCUUCUAUGAUGUCAUUAGUGCAAGACCGGGAGCGCCAGCUGAGCUCCGCUCCCUGCAGAGCCGCUGCCUCAUCCCCGGUCUCUACUCCACACACCUAGAGAGGUGGCUCACUUACUACCCUGCUAACCAGGUGAUGAUCAUAGAUGGCCAUCAGCUGAGAACUGACCCUGCGGCAGUGAUGGAUGAAGUCCAGAAGUUCCUGGGAGUCACUCCUCACCUCAACUACUCCCAGGCCCUUACGUUCGCUCUAAUCCCAGAACCACCCGACCUGACUUCCAUCCCGGAAGUAUGUCACAAUCUCAGUGAGGUUUUCAGAAAUUUGGCCCUAUCCUUACCACAUCAUUGGCCAUAUGACUGCCCCAUUGACCUGCUUCCCGGAGCUACACUCCCCUCCAGCCGGUUAUAUAACCUGUCCGUCCUGGAGAGGGAGUCCAUGGAAAAAUAUAUCCGAGAGUCCCUGGCAGCAGGCAUCAUCCGCUCCUCAUCCUCUCCAGUCGGUACUGGGUUUUUCUUCAUCACCGAGAAGGACAAGUCUCUUCGCCCCUGCAUUGAUUAUAGGGACUUGAACAACAUUACGGUUCGCUCAUGUCACCUGCUUCCACGUUGCCCACCAGCUUUCCAGGAGGACUUCACCACAGCCCUCACCUGCCUUGCCUUGGACUGCAUUCCUGCCUCAGCCUGCCUGCUCUCCUCAGCCUCGUGGCUGUCUGCCUCCAGUCUACCAGCUUCCAGCCUUAACUCCAGACUCCUGGUUCCUCAUUGUUUGACCCUCAGAAGGGCUUUUGGUGCCAGCUUCUUGAGGGAGGAAGAACUAAAUGUUUGGGAAAGAGCAAAGGGAGAAAGUACCCUCCUAUGGAGCCUGAGGCACAAGCAUAUCUCUCCAGGUACUACAGGGAACACAAUGUGGAGCUGUCAAAGCUGCUGCAUCGUCUCGGACAGCCCCUUCCCUCCUGGCUAAGAGAGGAGCUGCAGAAGGUUAGAUAACCUUUGCAUCCAUGAACCAGGGUUAAAGGUCAAGUAGGUCGAAGACCAGGAAGUGACCAGGAGCACCUGACCUUCAGAUGCACUGUCUGUGGCCUUUAAGUGAACCCUGAGGUGAAGGCAAGGACGGGAUGCCUUGUUUCACCAAGGAGCUAUGACACUGCUGAAGGGAGCAGAAGUCAUGAACGCACAAAGAAACUUUGGUGGGCUGAAACUGAACUCUUGAAAGGAUGGAUGGAUGGAGGAAUGAGUUUCAGGUGACACGGACAGUGAAGAAAGUGGGACUAAAAGGAAAAACCACACUAGAAUGAUGAAGAGAACUAUGGGAAACAAGGAGCAAUUGACAAGUCUUUGAUGCUCAAACCCUGUUCUGAACUGUGGUGAACUCUCAUGCAGACCUGCAGUGACUUUGAUAGUUAUUACUACUAUUAUUACUCUUAUUAUUGUUUUAUUUUCACCUUUGAUUCACAAUACCAGAACAGCGCUGGUCAGCUGUGCGUGGUUCCCAUAAAGACAACUUUGCACUAAGUUCUGUUCCAUGUAUUUCCAAGACAAACAAACAAAAAACGCACCCUAUGUGGUUUUGUUUUACUUUUCUUUUUUGUUGUUUUUUUGUCGCAAUGAGAGUGAAUAAGCAGGGAGAAUAAGUGCAUAAACUCAGGGUGAGUGACAGGCUGUUACUUUCCAUUAUAAGUUCUCAUUGUUUUGUGAGUUAUUUUUUUUAAAGUGAAGCUAGUUUCUGGUAGAUCACCCUUAGAGAUGUCACUUGAGGCUUUCACUGGAAAGUAUGGACUGGAAAUGAGUCACUUAGGCAAGAUGCAUUGCCCACUCAUUAUUUUCCUGUGACAAGCCAUGCAGAAGAAUGUCGUGUCCAUUUAGCAGAGCAUGAGCGCUGAUGAUUUCAGCACUAAAGACUGAGGAGGCAUGAAUUUGUGGGAAGAAAACUGACCAAAAUGAGCCUAAUGGAUAUGACACUUAAUUCCAAGACCCUUUAAGUAGCUACUGUAACCGCAGGCAAUUUUUGUUUUGUCAGUGUCUCAUUUAAGUCUCAACCUCCUUUUUUUUCCUUUUUAAAACCAGUGGCCUACGUUCUUGAGCUUCAAUUUGAAUGCAAAAAAAACCCUAAAUGUCAAACACAGAAACCAAAAUUAAAGAAAUGGAUAUGA